AGUAAACCGUCAGUUUGUUAUUUAGUUAUUUUACUGCACAAGGAAUCCAUGGGUUAUUGAUAUUACAAGGCUGUCUGAUGUAUAGUAUUUUCCGAGGCUGAUCAUUAUUCCAGUUGAUUAACAUCAGCUCAUCUGCUGAUCUUUCUUGAGCCAACACCGAACAGACAUUACGUUAAAGAAGCUUACACGCUACGUAUAUUUAUCUGUGAGCCCGAGCAUGACAGCAGCGUAUUCCAGACUUCCAGUGAGACGUAGAAUAUAUGUAUCUGCUGUUAUCACAUCAAGUAAAAUUAGUUUUGAAACUCCCCAAACAGACCUACCGCGUUCAAGCUUAAUUGUGUCUGUGUAAUACAUUACUAACUAACUGUGAUAUCCAUGUCCCACAAUUAAAUUAUAUAUUAAAUCAUCAUCUUGGACAUUCAUAAGCCACUAACCCUAACCCUUUUUAAUAAAGCCUGUAUUUAUUUAUAAAGGACAUUCCAAACACAUUUAGAAAAAUUAUGCAUUGGAAUGACUUAUAUUUAGUAAUAAGCAGUGAAUUAAGCCACUUUAAUUUAUAUGAAUCACGUACCAUUCAUUAGAACUUGUUUAUAGUAUAGUAUAUAUGUCUACUUUAUAUACAUCAAACUUGUAGGCUGACCUUUAUACUUAUCUAAACGUCAAUUUGUCGACGGCUCUCCUUUAUUCUGAAGAUUACCAACGGAAGUAGUAUUUUACACUAAGUUUUAUUUUGAAAAUAUGCCAGGAAGCGUGUUGCUCUUCGCCUGUUAGCUUCAAGCUUGAUGCUUGUGUUUUUUUUCGGUUCCCCGGGGCCACACUGUUUUCAACGGGACUCAACUUACAACUUACCGGACUCGCCAUGGCCGCUUGACCCCGGCAGAAACACCCUUCCUCCGUUACAAUUUGUUCGAAACACUUUCCACAGACUUUUCCCAGACAAACUUUCUCCUUUCGGUUGGCUUUUAUGUCAAGAAAUAAGGAUGCAGCCCCCGCCGAGAAAGGUCCGGGUCACCCAGGAGCUGAAACACACUCACGCAGAGCAGAUGAGCAGAUUACAAAUCAAACACCAGACAGAGUGUGACCUCCUGGAGGACCUGAGGACUUUUAGCCAAAAGCGGGCGGCGGUGGAGAGGGACUACGCCCAGGCGAUCCAGAAGUUAGCAAAUCAGUAUCUCAAGAGGGAAUGGCCGGAGAGUAUGAUCGAGGAUCAGGCAGACCACAGCAACAUGUACUGGGUGUGGAGGGCCUAUCUGGAGGGCACGGUUCAGGUCACCCAGUCCAGAAUCAGCGCCUGUGACAACUACAAAGUCCAGGUCGCCGAUCCGGCCAAGACGGGCCGCCUGCAGAAGGAGCAGCAGCUGAGGAAGUGUAUCGAGCAGCUGACGGCGGUGCAGGCCGAGCUGCAGGAGUCGGUGAAAGAGCUGACGAAGAGCAGGAAGAAGUACCAGGAGGCGGAGACCAUGGCUCAGGCCGUCAGAGAGAAGGCAGAGCAGGACGCAAAGUCCAAGCUGAGUCUCUUCCAGUCCAGAUCCAGUCUUCAGAGGGCGAGUGUGAAGCUGAAAGCCAAGAGGAGCGAGUGUAACUCCAAAGCCACACAUGCCAGGAACGACUACCUUCUGAUGCUCGCAGCCGCUAACGCCCACCAGCAGCGCUACUACCACACAGACCUCAUGGACUGCAUCAAGGUCUUGGAUGGAAGGAUCUACGAGCAGGUGAAGGAUUACCUGGUCUCGCUGUGUCAGACUGAGCUGGAGGGUUACCGGGGGGUCCACGACACCUUUAACCAGCUCCUAAACCGCUCGAAUGGGGUUCUGCAGGAGUUCCACCAGCAGCAGUUUGUGGAGAAGAACCCGGUGUUCCAGGCGGCGCCGGACUUCUGCUUCCAGCCCGUCGACUCCGACACGGUGAUGCAGCUGCAGAAGGAGAGCGGCACGUCGGAGGAGCACAGUCUGGACAAGGAGGCGAGGAAGUGGGCGAGUCGCGUGGCCCGAGAAUACAAGAGCGCCAUCCACACGCAGCGGGCUCUGGAGGGAUACGGGACGCAGGAGUCAUCAGAGCAGAACAACUGCGAGCUGGAGACCAAGAUGGAGGUGGCGAGGCAGAGUCUUCGGAGGGCAGAGACGGUCAAGGUGAAAGCAGAGGCCCGUCUGGACCUGCUGAGGCAGGCGGGCGUCGCCGUGGAAACGUGGCUGAAGAGCGCAAUGAACCAGGUGAUGGAGGAGCUGGAGAACGAGCGCUGGAACAACCUCGGUACCCAUGAUCCUUCGCUCUCUGGGACAGCGGACCUGGAGCGAGACGAUGAGGAGGAGAUGGAGGACAGCGGGGAAGUGUUGGACGACAGCAGCUCCAGCCCCUCCAGUACUUUGAAGAACUAUCCCCUCACCUGCAAAGUGCUUUACUCCUACAAGAGUUCUCAGCCGGAUGAACUGACUAUCGAGGAGCAGGAGAUCCUGGAGGUCAUCGAUGAUGGAGACAUGGAGGACUGGGUCAAGGCCCGGAACCGCAGCGGGCAGGUGGGCUACGUCCCAGAGAAAUACCUGCAGCUCCCCUCCUCCAACAGCCUGCUCAGCAUGCUGCAGGCCCUCGCCACGCUGGACGCCCGGUCACAUUCCUCCAGCAACUCCACGGAGCCGGAGACCGACCUGCCGACCGGCUCGGUGAACGGAGACGCCAGCGUGUCAUUUGCGAAGGCCCUCUACGACUACGCGGGACAGAAGGACGACGAGCUGUCGUUUCCCGAAGGCGCCAUCAUCCGCAUCCUGAGCCGAGAGACCCACGAGGACGACGGCUUCUGGGAGGGGGAGUUUAACGGCGCUGUCGGCGUUUUCCCCGCCGUCCUGGUGGAGGACCUCGCCGGUGAGAACGGAGACGGACGCUUGCAGGCGUCGCCCUCCCCUCUGGCUCAGUGCGACCGGUCCCCCCGCAGUCCCUUCCAGCCGGGCCCCCUCCACAGCAGCCCCCUGCAGACGCCCACCGCGUCCUCCCCGCUGUCCAGUCCCUGCAGCGCCACGGCGUCUCCCAUUGGCCGACCGCCCUCCUAUCACAACGGACACCACAGGCCGCCGCCGGCACCGCACAAGAGCCCCUUUCAGAGUCCAGUCCAAGGCUCCGCCCAUCCGCCCAAAUACCCAGAAAGCAGCUCCGGCACCAUUCGACCGGUCCGUGCUGCUCCUCCGCCUCCGAAGCAGCAUCCCCGCGGGCAGGUGAAGCGGAGGGAGGAGGUUGAGAUCACGCUGGUGUGAGGUCGGGCGCCGGCGGAACUUUCCCAAAGGAACCUUCGAUGCGCCGAAGACACCCGCCGGCCCGUCAGCCUCCGACUCUCCCCGAGUGCUGUAGAGGAAUGUCGGGCCUUUCUCUGAACUUCUACCUGGACACGAACCGUCCUACAAACAAACGCAUAUCGCGAACAGAUCGGGAAUUUAACAAAUUAAGAAAACCAAUACUGUCGUGGACGGUUGACCCGGCACAAACGCAUAAAUCCACGGCAGAACAACAUAAAUAAGAAUCCUGACAGUUCAAAUACGUGUUCUUCAAGUGUCACUGUGUGGAUUGAUACGGAUUGAAACCAUGUCACCCGGUUACGUCUCACUACAUCACUCCUCUCGUUUCCACGAUGGAUUACUCCCGCGCAGCGACUCAAACCUUCGUCGGGACGUCUCAGCAGCUCGACAGCACGGAACCACAAGUUUGUUUUCUCCACACAGCCGAUCAGAACCUAAACAACCGAAGCCAGCAGGGAGGCGGGUCCUCUCCUCCGACACACGGAACUACACUAUCAAGGGAAAAGUGGCAAUUUUAACGGAGCGAUUGUUUUGUCAGUAGGGAGGAGCUCCUAGAAGAGUUCUCAUUAAAUAAUGAUUGAUUCCAUUAUGAAACCGUGCUUCUUAUGUUAGUUUUCUUUGCACCGAAUGCGAAGAGAAACCUAAAGGGAGAAACGUAGUGCGUACGUACGUAGACUAACUUCUUCUUUUUCUCUUGUGUUGUAAAAUAGAAAUCUAGAAAUCUUAUUAUGACGCUAAUGUCAUGUGAUGGAGGCCCAUUUCCACUAAUGUGAUUGAAAAAAAAGUAAUGAAAAACACAAGUUUUGUAUUGACACAAUACCUCAAAAUGCUAAGAAACGUUCUUCUCAGUUAUUAGUUAUGAUGUCAUGGUUCUAACGUUAAAUCCUGACAUUGAGGGGCAAUUCGAGCGUUGUCAUAGUUGAGUUAGAGGAUCUUUUUGGCGUGUUUCUGCCGGUGAUGGGCUUCCAUCUCAGCCAGUGGAGGCUGCUGGUGUUUGUGAGGAGAAGGUUGCAGUUGGUGACAGUUUACAUUGAGGUAACUUGCAGUUUAAACAUGCCUUUUAUUCUGAGGAGGAAAACAUCCUGAGCUGCUAGCUGUCAAAUGAAAAAAAAUCUAUACCGUCAUAGUGAAGCACUUUUUGAUGUGUUCUUAUUCCUUUUCAGUAUUGUGGAUACGUUGUUUGUUCAAUAUUUCCUGUUUACCAGCUAUAUUGGUAUAAAUACUUUUUCUCUUAUUUGCUCUUCCGUUAUUUAGCCUUAAAUAGCCGUUGUAGUGUCUUUGAUUAAGAUUGAAAAUGACCUUUUGAUCGUAUUGUUUUUGAAAUAUUGAUAGUUUACAGAGCUUGGAGAUGGAUAUCUGUACAAAUAAUAGCACAGCUUUUUUUCCUUUUUGUUUUUUUUUAGAAUUGGAAUUAAAAACGGCCGAGUAACUCCUCAGUGGAAUUGGAUCAGAGGAAAGAUAUCUGUCAGCCAUGUUGCUGUGUUCUCAUUGAUCUCCUUGAGAUCUGAAUCACAUCAAACUUAUUUUUGAAGUUUGCAUUUAACUUGUUGUAUUGAAAACAAAUCUAGUCGUCAGACCCCCCCACAGGGAAGUUGGUCACUUGCUUGUGGUUGUGACUCCUUGUUAAGACAAACUGCCCACAUUUCACAAAGGAAGCUCUGCAGAUGCUGCUGAGCUUCAUAUCUACACACCAGUGGAUGUCUAACUGUAUUUAUUGUGUACAAAUAAAUGUGAAAUAAAGAUAGCUUAAACGAAA